GUUGUUUCUGAAGGGAUGCUUUUACCAGGACACAAAACCGGACUAGAAUCUCCUGCUGAUGACUUCAUGAACUCCCUACAGUUUUUAUCCUGAUUAAAUAAACAGCAUUUUGGUUCUGCCAUGGCAGAUGGUGUGGACCUCAGCCGAAAGUUUGUGUCAGAAUCUGAACUAGACGAGAUAAGGAAAAAAAGACAGGAAGAAUGGGAGAAGGUCCGCAAGCCAGAUGACCCGGAGGAGGCCCCUGAGGAGGCGUACGACCCUCGAUCUCUCUUCGAAAGGCUACAAGAGCAGAAAGACAAGAAACAGGAAGAAUAUGAGGAGCAGUUCAAAUUCAAGAACAUGGUUAAAGGCCUGGAUGAAGACGAAUCCAGCUUUCUCGACGAAGUCUCUCGGCAACAGUCUCUAAUAGAGAAACACAGACGGGAUGAAGAAGCCAAAGAGAUAAAAGAAUACAGGAGCGCUAUGCAGAAGCUGGCAGCCACCGAGGGCCAGAAGAAGGAGCCAGAGAAAAAGGCGGGCACCAAACCCUCAGAGACCCACAGAACCAGUCACCUGUCUCAGGCCCACCUGCUGGCUGGGGCAGUGAAACGACGCAGCUCAUCUCAGUCCUCAGAAGGGAUUAAAAAGCAGAAAGUAGAGGAGACGGUAGCCGGCAAUGGCAGUCAGACAGAGCAAGAGGCGGUGGAGCCCAAAUCCCCUGGCGUGGACGUGCCCCGCUCGGGUGUUCUCCACCUGCCCUCCGCCGCUGUAUGCGUGGGCAUCCUGCCAGGGCUCGGCGCUUACUCCGGCAGCAGUGAUUCUGAGUCCAGCAGCGACAGCGAAGGUAGCGAGAUUGAGAUUGGCUCUCCCAUAAAUCGCCACAGGCUCUUCAGAUAGACACACUGACAGAACACACUCACUCACUAUCACCUGUGCUGGCCUAGGCUUGGGUGCCGCCCCCUCGCGAUUUAGCUAGAUCAACUAAAAAGAUUUAGCUCUAGGUAUCCGUUAUUUCAGCUCUUGGAUAAGGCUGUUUAGUACACUUGCUUGAUGUUCAUUAAAGGCUGUAAUGUUAACUUCUACUGUGGUUGUUGAUGUCUUGUGCUUUCAAAACAUGACACUUCCCCCAUCCUCCUCAUAUUACGUUCUAUACAGUUUAAACCCCUGGCAGCUUAACCUGGUGACGCACCUUCCCAUCUACCCACCCUUGCGGUUUCUGCAGAGCUCUAGUGGACAAGGGGACACUGACUGACUGACUGACAGCUGUGGAUCAAGAAGACAUGAAACAUUUAGUCCAAAACUUUGACCAUCGCAGGACAAUAUUAUGGGCUGGUUUGAAGAUGUUUAAAAGUCCUGGUUGAAUUUUACAUUUGUUUGAUGUUUCCUUUUUUCUUUUUGAGACAAAAUGCUGCAAUGUUAAGAAUGCUGGAAUUUUCAAGAAAUGUGCCCUAUAAGGACAUGAAAUCUGUGUUUGACUGUUCACUGGGAAAUAACCAGUGAUAACAGAAUGAAAAAUAAAUGUGUUUCUCACGUU